AUGUUGAAGCCAUUUCAGAUAAGAGAUCUUCAUGGAUCUCCAACGCAAGAAGAUGCGUACAACUCUCUCGACUGUCUGCCACAGGGACAGAAUGGUCACAACUUCAGUAGACGCUCGGGAAUCGUGCAGCUCUCGGCCUCUGACUACGAUGAGAUCGCAUCGUCUCAUCCCCGAGCCCGGUUGACAUACGUGGAUGAUGAUGACGGAGAGAUUAUCACUGUUGGAUCAUCUCUUGAGCUUUCUCAACGUCUGGACGAACCUAUAUAUGAUAUACCGACGCAGUCAAACCCAACACAAGAAUCCACGAUACCGGAAACCAUGCAUAUCUUCGAUAUUCGCCGGUCUAAUUCUGUCACUGAGCUGUGGAAGCGAUUUCAGUAUAAUCCGACCGGUCGGGAAACAGAAGGCACAAAAAACGCAGUAGAGUCGACAGCAGACAAAUCUGCUUCUCUCUUACAAGACAGCGGGGAAUCAAAUGCCGGUCUGCCUACAAAUGAUGGUCCCGAAUCGCUUUUGGCAGCAUUUGAAACAGAGAUGGCCAGGGUUCUGAGCGCUUCAGAGUCUCGCAAUACCAACAAUGCAGAAGAGAUUCCCUCUUCUACUGAAGUGCCAAACGAGUCGGCAAGUUCUAGCAGACGCACAAAUCCCACUGUGGCCUUGGCUCAGGCGGUGCACCACCUGAUCAACGGAGCUGAAAUGAUUGGCUCCGAAGUGAUGUCAAGAUUUCCAGAGUUGGAACAUCAGUUAGGGCAUCAUCUGCAGAACGCUCAAAGAGUUCUGCCAGAAAACGUCGGGUCGACUGUCCAGGCAGCUCUUGCGAGCUUGGAUGCUCAGAUGAGGAAUCUGACCAAUGCGCUGAACAAUGCAAGCAGUGCAAGGGAUCAGAGAACCAGCAACACGUUCCGGGGCGAUGUUUCUACUCCUGCAGAGGCUGUAGAUAGUCUGUAUACUAUGGCUUCUGAGCUUGGCCAGAUGGGACACACGCUAUACUCGGCCUUUGAGACCGAGUUCGGUCCCCGUAUUGGAGCAAGGGAUGCAAAUCAGCCGUUGAAUGAAAAUCUCCAAAACCCGGUGCCGGCUGACGAAGCAGCGGGAGAUGAAGAUCCCGUUAACCGCUGA